AUGGUCUCCACCACGACCACCUCCUCACCCAGCCACGAGCACGGCCCGACUCUGUCGCUCGAGUCGUUGCGCCACCACCUCCCGCUGACCUCGCCGAUCCCGACCUUUGCGACGCAUCCGAGUCUGCUCGACUUGGCCAACGACGCGACCGAGCACGACCUCGGCCGCAACCCGUCCCUCUUGACCAAAUGGACGCACUACAUCCAGCUCACCACGGAGCAAGUCGGCGCGGCGUUGCUCUCGGCCCGCGGUACGCAGGACCACCCUAUCGAGCUGGACGUGUUGGGGUACAAGCUCAGCAGUGCGCAGGGGAGACUCGGCUUGCAACGCUUGACGGACCUGUACGAACGAGCGUUGAAACACCAUCCGACCUCGUACUCGCUGUGGAAGGCCUACCUCAAGCAGAGGUCCUCGUUCGUGCUCGGCCGAGCCACGCACCCGGUCAAGCUCGGCACGACCAAGAACGCGAGGCUCCAACCGGACGGACGCCGGGGCAGAUCCGUCGUCGAGUACCUCCAAGCCGGCAAGGGAGCAGUCGAAGAGUUGGAGCAGGGUGAGAGGGAUGUCGAUGCGGGGUGGCAGGGUGCACUCGAUGGCGUCGUCGGUUACGACGAGUGGAUCAGCCUCGCCGCCGUGCACGAGAGGGCGCUCAUGUGCUUGCCUACGGUCAGUCCGAGCGUGCAUGAUCGACAUCAUACCCAGCGCUCAUCCUUUUUUUUUGGAAACACUUUUGACAGAUGCCACGUCUCUGGCUCUCGUACCUCACCUUGUUCCUCCAUCCGAAAUGCCCGCCGACCUUGUCCCACACCCACGCGAGGAGGACCUUUGACCGCGCAUUGAGGACGCUCCCUUCGACACUGCAUGACCGCAUCUGGAAGAUCUACCUCGACUGGGCGCAGAGCGUCGUCGGGGGUGAAACCGCCGUCAGAGUAUGGAGACGAUACCUCAAGGUCAGUCCAUCCGCACGCGCGCGGGGGGGGGGGGGGGGGGGGGGGGGGGAUACCGAUAAGCGCUUCUUUGGACGAGAACUGAUGUCGAAAGAGUCUUUACGUCGCGCCUCCCCCCCCCCCCCUCCCCUUGCAGUGCGACCCGGCUCCAACGGCCUACUAUGUCCAAAUCCUGCUCAACCUCUCCCCACCACGCCCCUUGGAAGCUUCCAAACUGCUGCUGAACCUGUUCCAACGCGCGCAAAACAACGAGUACAAGGACCCCGACGGCAAAUCCGCGUACCAGCUCUUGGGCGAGUGGCUCGACGUGUGCGAAAAGUACCCGGAAGAGGUUGGGAUCGAACUGGAGGAGAGUCUCGAGAAGGAACAGGAGCGAAUCAAGCAGGCUGCCGAGGACAAGGACAAGAAGGAAGGUGCGCAAGAGACGACCGUCGCGAGUGUACCCCCCAAGGCGCAGCGGAACGGGAGCGGACCGGGGCCUUCAGGUUUCUCGGACGCGCCUUUGGACCCGCUCUCUUCGGACCUGAUCGACGUCGAGUACUACGUCCGCUGCGCCGGCCUCAACGUCUACCUCGACCAAGCUGGACGGCUGUGGACCGGCCUCGCGACGUAUUGGAUCAAGCGCGGCGAGUUCGACCACGCGCGCGCGAUCUUCGAAGAAGGCAUCUCGACCGUCGUCACCUUGCGCGACUUUACCCAACUCUUUGAUGCGUACGCCGAGUUCUCCGAGAGCUACAUCUCCGGAUUGAUGGAGUCGUUGGACGACGACGAGGACGAGAACGAGCUCGACUCGCGCAUGGUCGAAUUCGAGAAGCUGAUGGACCGAAGACCGUUCCUCGUCAACGACGUACUCUUAAGGAGGAACCCUCAUGAUGUGCAAGAAUGGGAGAAACGCGUCGCGUUGCAUGGGGAUGAUGACGAGGCGAUCGCGCAGACUUAUAACCGCGCCAUCAAGGCCAUCGCACCGAGGAAGGCGACGACCCACUUCCACACGCUCUGGAUCCACUUUGCCAAGUUUUACGAACAGGGAGGGAGUGCAGCGCACAGUGAGAAGGACCUGAACGGGGCGAGGAAAAUUUUGGACAAGGCGACGCAGGUCCCGUUCAAGAAGGUUGACGAGUUGGCCGAGAUUUGGUGCGAAUGGGCCGAGAUGGAGGUCCGGAACGAGUGGGUUGGUUGCGAUCUCACGGAGGAAGCAUGUCAUUCGUUGCUGACUCUCCACGGUUUGGAUUUUUUGAGGAACUACGAUGAGGCGAUCAAGGUCAUGCAGAGGGCUACAACGAUACCCAAAAAAUGGAAAGAGAUCUCCUUCCACGACGAGGUACGUCCAAUUUCAUGGCGCCCAUCUUUCUACACAUCGGAUUUGCUAAUCGUCAUUUGCUUUUUGGACACCUCAUCAUCAACAGAAACUCUCCCCGCAAGCGCGGCUAUUCAAGUCGAUCAAGUUGUGGUCGUUCUACGUCGACCUCGAGGAAUCGAUCGGCUCGGUCGAGUCGACCAAGGCCGUGUACGACCAGAUCUUUGAGCUUAAAAUCGCCACUGCGCAGAUCGUGAUCAACUAUGCCAACUUUCUGGAAGAGAACCAGUACUGGGAGGAGAGCUUCAAGGUGCGUGGAAUGCAGAAUCCACCGCCGAAUAGGAGAUGUGGGUUUACUUACCGUCCUUGGGAUUGAUAUUUCGCGCUCACAACAACAGGUUUACGAACGCGGUGUGGAUCUCUUCACUUAUCCGAUCGCGUUCGAGAUUUGGAACGCCUAUCUUUCCAAGUUCAUCAAACGUUAUGUGCGUGCGAAACCCAGGGGACCCUUGCUUUGCCUUGAUCGCUCACACUCUUUUUUCCUCCUUUGCUGUUGUCAUACUACAGGGCGGUGACAAGAUUGAACGCGCACGGGACCUCUUCGAACAGGCAUUACAAGACUGCCCCGCCAAAUUCACCAAACCGUUGUUCUUGCUCUAUGGGCAGCUGGAGGAAGAGCAUGGGUUGGCGAAGCGGGCGAUGGCCGUGUACGAUCGUGCGACGAGGGCCGUCGAGUCCAAGGAUCGUAUGGAGGUGCGUUCCAACGACGGGCUGGCUUUGAGGCUUUGCCAAAACAAAAACAAAAAAAUCGUGCGAAACAACUGAACCGCGCGUCGUCAUCUUGUGUGUGUGUGUGCACCCAGAUGUUCACUUAUUACAUCGCCAAAGCGACCGCCAACUUUGGUCUGCCCGCGACGCGGCCCAUUUACGAGCGCGCGAUCGAGCAACUGCCCGAUCGUCAAACGGCGCACAUGUGUCUGCGCUUCGCCGCGCUCGAACGCAAAUUGGGCGAGAUCGAUCGCGCGAGGGCCAUCUUUGCGCACGCGAGUCAGUUCUGCGACCCCAGGGUCGAACCCGAGUUUUGGAACGUCUGGAAUACGUUCGAGAUCGAGACAGGCUCCGAGGAUACCUUUCGAGAAGUCAGUGAUUGGGGGAGAAGUUUCCGAGCCCCCCCGUCCUCUCUCUGAGGUGCAAAGAAAUGUGAGGACUGAAUCUUACAUGGGUUUUUUUUUCUUUCUUUGUUCACCAGUACUUGCGUAUCAAACGUGCCGUACAAGCAGCUUUCAACACCGAAGCGUCUUACCUCGCUGCCAAGUUGCAACAAGUGCAACAAGGUGGCCAGAAGGCGCUCGAGGCCGUUCAUGGUGGUGUCGAGGUCGAUCCGAUGGCCGCUUUGGAUGCGGCAACGGGUCAUGCCCCGACGACGACGCCUGCAACGACUUUGGCCGGUUUCGUCAAGGCUUCUUCGGGGUCGGGCUUGAAAGGGAAUGCGGAUGAGCUUUCCGGAACGGAGGCGCACCUGACGGGCAAUCAGGAUGAGAUCGUCAUGGAUGAUGACGAGGACGAUGAUGAUAAGGAAGAGGGGGAUGACGAAUAG